AUGACCAUUCGCCCCUACCUAGCAAGAAAAGACGUGCAAAAACCCGUUAGCUAUAUGCUCAGGGAAAAGCAACAUGACCUAGCAAGCAUGGGGCGAAAUGGUCAUCGCUCCUCAAAUCCUCCGGUUCUUAUGCCACCGAUUCCCGGGAAGCCAUUGAUACUUUAUUUAUCUGUGAAUCCUUUAUCUAUGGGGUGUUUACUAGCUCAAGAAGGCAAUAAGGGCGUCGAGAAGGCCAUCUAUUACUUAAGUAAGAAGAUGUUGGCAGAGUUCGAUCUUGAGUACGUUACGAGAAAAUCUGUCAAGGGACGAGCAAUUGCGAAAUUCAUAGCCGAUCAUCCCGUUGAUGGACCGGAGGACUCAGAUUUUGUGUUCCCAGAUGAGGAAGUGCUAAUAGUUGUCAAAGACGUGUGGACACUUUACUUUGAUGGAGCAGCCAACCAAAAGGGAUAUGGGAUCGAAGUGCUGUUGAUUACACCUGAUGCUGAAUAUGAGGCCUGUAUUAUUGGCAUGGAGGCCGCUCUUACCCUCGGUGUGGAAAAACUCGAGGUCAUUGGUGAUUCUAAUCUUGUCGUAUCUCAAGCCAACGGGGACUGGAAGGUUCGCGAAGAAAAGUUGAAACUGUAUCAUCGGGACUUGGAAGAUCUCAUUCCUCAUUUCAAUAAGGUUACUUUCACUCAUAUUCCCCAUUUGAAGAAUCAAUUCGCUGAUGCCUUGGCAACCUUGGCUUCUAUGGUCGAACUUCCUUUGGGUGUCAAACUCUGCCCUAUUCUGAUCGAACAGCGGGACUGUCCUGGCUAUUAG